AUGGGAAAAACUCUUACUGAUGAAUAUAAAAAGAUUAUUAUUAGUCUUGAACCCAGCAGACCUAAAGGUCCAUUUUCCAAGGAUUCGAACCAAAAUGAUCGCAGUUUUAGUGAGAGUUAUUAUUUUUCUACUACAAAAUACGGCCCUGUCAAUCGUCUUUGGUUGCGCUAUUCAACUGUACUAGAUGCAGCCUAUUGUGAAUCUUGUUGGCUUUUAUCAAAAUUGUGCAGUCACUGGAGUACGGGCUUAAGAGAUUGGAAACAUUUAUCAUCACGCAUUGAAGAGCACAGUAAAAGCAAAGCUCAUAUUGAAGCUUGCGCUGUUCACGACCUUUGGAGAAAAAAUCGUGCCAUUGACAAGAACCUAGAAGAAGAGAUCAUUCUGCUGGAGGAGUUUUAA